GCGAAAGGGCCUCCUGCCUCCGCGUACUCUUUGAGCCAGCCCAGGAGCCAGAUGGUUCCUUCCCGACCUCCCGGCCCCGCCUCGACCCCUCGGGGCUGGUCCCGGUCCUGGUUCUUUGUAGCAUCUUGUCUGGGGUCGCGGGAGCCCUUUGGCCCUCCAAGCCCUGAAGUGCAACGUACUGCCUUCAAAAUAGAAAUUUGCUAAAAGCGUCCUCCUUUCUUCAGAAAAUAAAAUAUCCUGGUUCCUUAGCCCAGCAUUCUUGGAUCCUCACAGUUUGAUUCCCUGCUUGAAACUUCUGAUUCUCGCAAACUGUCAUCUUUCUCUUGGACCUCAGCCUGGAACGCUCUUUCACCUCACCUCACCUUACCUAAAACCUAGACAGAGUCUCUGAGGCUGAGGGAAGCCUCUCCCUCCUUCUCCUCCCCUGGUUGACCUAUCACCCUCCCUCAGGACCUAAAUGCAGGGCGUUUCCCUCUUUGGCUGACACUGGACUCCUUGUCUACAUCUAGCUUGGCACAGAGGGACAUCCAGACCCUGAAAAGUGUAGGCAGAUGGCCCUUCUUCAAACCAAUAAGGAUCUCAUUGCUACAGGAAUAAAGGAAUUUAACAUUCUGCUAAAUCAGCAGGUCUUUUCUGAUCCUGCUGUCCCUGAAGAAGCCAUGGUGACUGUGGUGAAUGACUGGAUGAACUUCUACAUCAACUAUUAUAGGCAGCAGAUGGUGGGAGAGCAGCAAGAGCAGGACAAGGCUGUGCAGGAACUUCGGCAAGAGCUGGAUACUCUGUCUGUCUCCUUCCUGGACAAAUAUAGGAACUUCCUGAAGUCCUUGUGAGCGCCGGAUCACAGGCUGCCUUCCUCCUAGCCGGGAGACCCAGGCUUGUCUGAGACCCUUAACUGCCGCCUCUGUGUUCUUCAAGGCCUCAGGCUCUGCUCCUUCAUGGUGUUACUGCACCCUGACACCUCAAUAAAGACCAG